GACAAGUAUCCCAUCAUAGAGGAGCGCUUAAUCAACAAGGGAACAAAUACAAAAUCGCAUUUCGGACAAAUAUAUAAACAAUUCCUAAUCCUGUCUAAACAAUUUGUCAGUUUUAUACUUUUUGUUCUUUUUCUUUUCUUCUACAUAAUUAGUAACAUAAUAAUCAAUUAAUCAUAAUGGCCCCACCAAAAGCUGAAAAGAAACCUGCUUCAAAAGCUCCAGCUGAAAAGAAACCAGCUGCCAAGAAGACUGCUUCUACUGAAGGUAAGAAGAGAAGUAAAACCAGAAAGGAAACUUAUUCUUCAUACAUUUACAAGGUUUUAAAACAAACCCAUCCAGAUACUGGUAUUUCUCAACAAGCUAUGUCUAUUAUGAAUUCAUUUGUUAAUGAUAUCUUUGAAAGAAUUGCUUCUGAAGCUUCUAAAUUAGCUGCUUACAAUAAGAAAUCAACUAUUUCUGCAAGAGAAAUUCAAACCGCUGUUAGAUUAAUUUUACCAGGUGAAUUAGCUAAACAUGCUGUUUCUGAAGGUACCAGAGCUGUUACUAAAUACUCUUCAUCUUCUGCUUAAAUUUAAUAAUAAUAAAUUAACAGUAGAAAGUUGAGUAAACAAUACAAUUAUUAAUUAGUCACAGUUUUCUUUCUUCUCACGUCUAAGUUUAGUUUUAAUUUGUAUUUUCAUUUGGGGUUAAAUUCUUUAAGUAUUUGUAUAUUAGAAAUAUAAGUUUUAGUUUAA